CCCUCGCAGGGGCGAGCGCGCUCGUGCCGGCUCCUCCGAGUGCGCCCCCCGCCCCCCGUACACCCCUCCUGCGGGGGCUGAUGGUUCACAAACGUAGCUCGUCCCCGGCUGACGUUCCCGGAGACGGGAGCCUGGCGGCGGAGCAGCUCAGCCCUGCUGGGUGCCAGCUCCCGCGCUGGUCAGCGGCGGCGGCGUUCGACGCUAACCACCGCGGGGGGAUGCUGCCCCUCCGCCCCGCGCUGCUGCCCAAGCGCUACCGCGGCGGCUCGGCUCCGCGCUCGCGGACGGGCCGCGCGGCCGCCCGAGCGGCGGCCGGAGGAGGAGGAGGGCGCGCCGGCGGCAGCAGCGGCAGCGGGGCCCCGGCGUUGGGCCCCCGCGGCGGCGUAGUUGGCAGCGGCGGGGCGGGCCGGGUGCCCGUCCGGAGACGCGGGCCGGGGUCGCCGCGGGCUGCCCGGAGGGGGGCGGAGCAGGAGCUGCGCGAGCCGCCGCGCUCGUGCGCGAGCUGGCCGGUAGGGGCCGUUGCCACCCCCCGCAGGGGAAGGGGGGGCGGAGCCGGGCGCGGCGCGAGGCCGGGUCGCGCGGCGGCGGCGCUUCUCCUCGCCCAGCCGGCGGCGGCCCCCGCGGCGGUCAUGGCGGCCGUCCUGUCCCCGCGCCUCUGCGACAGCGACCCGGCCACGCCCGGCGCCCAGUCCUUGAAGGAUGACACAGAAGAAAAUUCCAAUGAUGGCAGCCAGCCAUCCAAAAGACGACGUAUGGGCUCAGGGGACAGUUCGCGGAGCUGUGAAACUUCUAGUCAGGACCUUGGAUACAGCUAUUUUCCUGCUGAAAACCUGAUAGAAUACAAGUGGCCACCUGAUGAAACGGGAGAGUACUAUAUGCUUCAGGAGCAAGUCAGUGAAUAUUUGGGUGUGACAUCAUUUAAAAGAAAAUAUCCAGAAAGACGAGAUCUGUCUCAUAAGGAGAAACUCUACCUCAGAGAACUAAAUGUUAUCACAGAGACACAGUGCACACUAGGUCUAACAGCUUUGCGUAGCGAUGAAGUAAUUGAUCUUAUGAUUAAAGAAUACCCUGCCAAACAUGCUGAGUAUUCUGUUAUACUGCAAGAGAAAGAACGUCAGCGAAUAACAGAUCAUUAUAAAGAGUACUCUCAAAUGCAGCAGCAGAACACACAGAAAGUAGAAGCCAGUAAAGUUCCAGAAUAUAUUAAAAAAGCUGCCAAGAAAGCUGCAGAAUUCAACAGUAAUUUAAACCGAGAGCGGAUGGAAGAAAGAAGAGCCUACUUUGAUUUACAAACACAUAUUAUCCAGGUGCCUCAAGGAAAAUACAAAAUCUUGCCUACAGAGAGAACAAAGGUUAGUCCUUAUCCAGUGGCUCUCAUACCCGGCCAGUUCCAGGAGUACUACAAAAGAUACUCUCCAGAUGAACUUCGUUACCUGCCGUUAAACACAGCUCUUUAUGAACCUCCUUUGGAUCCAGAGCUACCUGCGUUAGACAGUGAUGGAGAUUCAGAUGAUGCAGAGGAAGGGCGAGGUGAUGAAAAACGGAAAACCAAAGGCAAUUCGGACAAUUCGUCUGGCAAUGUAUCUGAAGGUGAUUGCGCCACAGACAACCAGGAGGAUUCUUUUCAGGGAAGACAAAAAACAAGAGACAAAAGUGCUACUCCAAGAAAAGAUGGUUCCAAACGUUCUGUAUUAUCCAAAUCAGUUCCUGGGUACAAGGCAGAAGAAAAGAGCCCCUGACUGAACUUCUUUCUUGAUGAGCCUCUCCCUGAAAUAUUUGGUUUUAUUCAGUAAUAUGGAACUUCUGCUUGCUGUACUUCACUAGCUGCUCUCCUGUUGUGCGCUCCAUCUGUUUGCUUCCUUACUUCCUUUUUGCUUUUAUUUCACGUGGGGCUUUCCUUUACUCUAGCAAUACAGUGGCCUCUGUUUCUGUUAACUUCCAGUUUCCCAGUCAGUAACACCAGAAAAGUCCAUUGUGGGUUUAUCAUUGGAACUCUGCAGCUUUCUGUCUGUCUUAACGUAGCAGUGAGAAUGAUUUACCAGUUCAAAACUAGCAUUCAGUAUCCGUUAUUUUUUUUCUACUGCUCAGUAUGGCAGCAUAUCCAGAGAUCAGUGCUGUAAAGUGCAGCUGUGUGGCUGAACAUACUGUUAUGAUAUUCAUCUUAAAUACAGCCUUUCAUCCUGAGAUGUAACAAUGCACAGGAUGGAAGGCAAGAAGCUUACUACAGUUGUAUAGGCAACACUAUGUAACCAUUUCAACAAUUUAUGGAGAAUAGCUUUUUAUGUAGUUCAUAUUAUGUAGAAACAUUUGUGGGCGAUAUGCUUUUAUCCAAGCUAAAAACUCAAUGAGGUUAUUAAGGCAUUUCAGCUGUCAAGCAGUGCUUGCCAAACCUAAAACCAGAAUCAUCAGUGUUACUGCAUAAUAAUUUCAGAAUUUAAGAUAAAAAAUAAUAGUAAGAUAAAAAUACUUCUCCGAAGAAAUGGGAAUUGACAUGCAUUUUUUGUAAUUAUUCUGCAUACUAAGAGAGGAUCUGUAUAUAACAGUUUCAAAGCACAUUAUUGCCUAGUCCUGUUCUGCUGAAAGGAAUUUUCCAUUGAAUAGACCCAUAAAGAGGGAAAACACUACAUUAAGAUAGGCUUUAGUAUUUAGCAAUCAGGAAUGCUUGUUAAGAGACACGGAAAAAGGAAAAUCUUUGUCAGUGACAAGAUCGUGCAUACUGAGAAACUGUCUCAGCGAAAGUGAGGUGUUGAUGGCUUGUAUUUUAUAUUCAUAAAUAUUUACUGUUUGUGUUUACCAAGUUAACAGUAAAUAAACACUAACCUUAAGAAGCUAAUUUCCAGCAAGAAUUAGACAGCUUUGAUAAAUUUUCUCCGCAUACAGUAUCCGUACAUGUUCGUAACAGAUAGUGAGCUCUAGUUGCGUUUUCUCUUUUCAGGAAUUUAUUAAGAAAUAUGCAAACUAUGGAGAUUUAGACUGUGGUACCAUAUGUAUAUUUUUUUAUAUGUAACUUUACAAAUUAUUGUAGACACAGAAUGCAUGCUGAUAUUCCCAUGAACAUGAAAUCCAAAAAUGGAGCUUGACAUUUUUUUAGCUUUGUUUAACUUGACAUUAGAGAUUGUGUGCCACUGGUUUACGAAGUUUAACUUAGCUGUGAGAUGCCUGAGUGUUUGGUUAGUUCAAUCUUUUUAAUGGCCUUACAAAUGCGCAGAGAGAGGACUGGUGGAGCAGAACUUUUUUGCAAAGUUCUGAACUUCAAAUUGUAGAAGAAUAAUGGUAGUGUACAGCAUUGCAUUUUGAAAAUGGAUCCCUGUAGCAAUUACUUCUUGGUUCAGAAUCGUGUUAGUAACAAAUGUUUUACUGUAAACUUACAGUGCCACAUCUUUGCAAUGUCAGCCUACCCUGCUUUUAUCAGCCAUCAGGCUGUUGAUAAGUAAAAGGUGGUGAUGUUGUGUUGGGAGGGUGAGAGGAUUUGCUUUCAUGUUUGUGGGAACAUUUAAACACUUUCAGUAAACCCAAUUACAUGAGCUCUUUUAACUGAUAGGACAGAAAGAUUGUUGUGUGUUAUUAUAUAAAACCACCAGAUAAUGAUAUACCAUAUGUGCCUAAAUAUUAAGGCACUUCGGGCUGAAGGCUUAGCUGAUUUUAAAUGUUGUCUCUGUGAAUUCUCAAUCUUUGUAAUACUUUUGAUCUGUAUUGUUCUCUAAUAUUUGACUAUUUUUGUAGGAUAGUAAUCUUUUGGUUAUACGUAGUUGAAAUUGAAGGAUAAUUGCUAUGGCAUCAAUGUGCAAAUAUAUAGUUAUAGACACAUUAUGAAUAUUACAGGAUUCACGCAUUUCCACUGACUUAUUUUUGAGUAAAAGAAAUAAUGUAUUUUAUAUGGAGCCAUUUUUAUUGUCGGUUCUUUAACAAAGAACGAUUAGCAUGUGUUUUACAUUUUGUCAUGUUACAAGUAGUGAGUCUUUGUUGCAGGACUGGCUAUUACAAUUGCACACACAGGGUACUGUUAAAAGUACAGGAUAUUUUUUGCACAUAAAACUGAAAUGUAUUGAGAAACUAUAUUUUGCAACACUUCUUUUUCAGGUCACUGUAUAUGAAAAUGGAACGCUUUGCAUUCAGAAUAGGACCUUAUAAAAAUGGUGUAGUUGGAAUGCUUACUUUGAGACCUGCACCACAGCAGCAUGAAAGUGAAAACUUACAGAGCAGGCAGUCAUCAUUUUGACUCUCCAUUAAUUUUCCCUCCCUUCCUUAUCCCAGUAAGAUGAGGAUGUAGAAAGCAAAAUUUCCUCUAAUCAGAUGGGGUAUUAUGACAUCCCAUUUGGAUUUGAUAGUCUUUUUUCAUAACAUUUCUAAAAGCCAUUUAUGGUGGUAGAACUUGAACUGUUUUGAAAUGUGAAUAGUCUUGCUUUUUUUUAAUUUUCAUUUUUGUAAAAAUACUUCCAACUGUUGGAACUUUAUUACUAGUAGGCUGUGAUACUCACCCCUCAACAUACAAUAUUUCUAAUGAACACAAUUGAGUGAAGUAAGAAUAUAUGGAAGCAUUGUUAAUAAAUGCAUCUAUAUCAGUGUCUAACUUUAGAAUUGUGUGUUAACUGCACAUACCCUAGCGCAGGUACAGUGAUUGAAAAGUAGCUCACUUUAGUUUUGCUGGAGCACAAGGGAGUAUGCUGCUGUACAUGAAAGGCAGUCAAAUACAAAUCUUUAACAAACUAGAAUUCUGAUUAGAAAAGUGCACUUGCUAUUCUAGAAAGGUUUGGUUUACUUAGAAAUAGAUAAAAACACAAUUAAAAAAAAAUUAGAAUGUAGCCUAAACAACGGAAGGGUAAAUGCUGCCACACUGACAAGGUUUAAGCAUGUGCCACUUUUGUUGGGAGGAGCAGGGUAUAAAUGUAUACAUGUAGGACACAUAGAAUAGUUAACAGUAAAAGAGUUUAUGUGUGGUUUUGCUUCCAUUAUAUUUAUUAUUUUGUAGAGACGUUUGUGAAUGUUAGAUUUCUUUUAUUGUUUUAUUAUAUUUAUGUAUAAAACAGGUUGACUCUGCUUUUUUAAAAUAAAUAAGCAAAAAAAAAAAGUA